AUCCUCCUCCUCCUCCUCCUGCCUUUGGAGGCGAGAGGCACGGACUCCAGAGCGGACGGAGGGAAGAGGGUCUCCUGGGCCGGGGUUCGCCCCCCGAAAGGAAGGAGGCCUGAAGGACAUCCUGUAGCACAUUCAGCAAUCGUUUUCCAAUGAAUACCUGAUCAAGACUCAACCAAUUCAACCUAGUUUCUGGCAGCCACAAAAAUGAAGUUUCUGGAGUAGAACAACUACUUUCAAAGACGCUGACAUGGGGCUCUGGGGGCUGUGGGCCCUGCUCCCUCCGCUGCUGCUCCUGCUAGCCUUGGGGGCCCCCACCGCUGCUCAGGGCUGCCCCGCUGAGUGCCAGUGCAGCCAGCCCCGGACUGCCUUCUGCGUCUCUGGCCGGAGCCAGUCGGUGCCGCAGGGCCUCCCUCCAGAGACAUCCAGCUUGUACCUCUUUGAGAACGGCAUCCACACCUUGAGCCCAGAGAGCUUCGGGGGGCUUCCGCCGGCCCUGCAGCUGCUGGACCUCUCCCAGAACCAGGUGGGGGUGCUGCCCCGGGGGCUUUUCAUCCCGCUGCCCGCCCUCCGCAACCUGGACCUCUCUGCCAACCGCCUCCAGGUAGUGACCAAUGAGAGCUUCCAUGGCCUGCACCUCCUGGAACGCCUCUAUCUGGACCGGAACCGCAUCCGGAGUGUCCAGGAGGGGGCCUUGGAUGCCCUGGAGACCCUCCUGGAGCUGAAGCUGCAGGACAACCGUCUGCAGGCCUGGCCUCCUUUGCACUUGCCAGCCCUCCUGCUGCUGGAUCUCAGCAACAAUCCGCUGACCGCUGCCCCCGAGCCCCAUGCACUGCGAGGGGUGCCCAGUUUGGAGUCCCUCAAGGCGGCCGGACUGGGCCUGGAGCGGCUGGAUGAGGGGCUGCUGCGCGGCCUGGGCAGCCUCCAUGAGCUGGACCUCUCCCACAACCGCCUGGAGGCAGUGCCCUCAGAGGCCUUGCGGGAGCUGCCGGCCCUGACCAAACUCAGCCUGGCUGGCAAUGUCCGCAUCGCCCGGCUGCAGCCGGAGGACUUCCAGGACCUGGGCGGCCUCCAGGAGCUGGACCUCAGUGACCUGCGCUUGACUGCCUUGACCCCGGAGCUACUGGGUGCCUUCCCACGGCUCACGGCCCUGGCGGCCGCCCAGAACCCCUUCAACUGCCUCUGCCCCAUGGCUUGGCUAGUGGCCUGGCUGGACGAGGGCAAGGCCUCGCUGAGGCGGCCAGAGGAGACCCGCUGCCACUUCCCCCCAAAGAACGCUGGCCGGACCCUCCUGGAGAUGCGGUAUGCAGACUUUGGCUGCCCCACGACGACAACAACAACCACCACCACCACCACGACGCAGAGGGCUACUACGGCCGAACCAGAGCUGGCCACAAGCAGCUUUGCCUCACUAGCAUCCAGCACAUUGAGUGCAAAUGGCGGCCCCUCUCCCACACCAUCCCCCUUCCCGGAAGCCCCCCUCUGCCCCCUUGGGACCUGUCUCAAUGGCGGCACUUGCCACCUGGGCACCGGAAACCACCUGGAGUGCCUCUGCUUGCCAGGCUUCGCUGGUUUGUUUUGUGAGAGCGAGGUCCGAGCGACUACAACAACGGCAUCGUCAUCCAUCCCCGCAAAUCCCUCACAGAUGGCAGUGAAGGCCCUGCCAGGUGGCACCUCUCUUAAUCUAGACCUGCAAAGCUAUGUCCGUGCCAAGCCCUGGCUCAAGGGCCUGCGCCUGACCUACUGGAGUCUCUCCGGCCCUGAGAGGCGCCCACUGACCCUGAAAUUGCCGGCCUCACUGCCGGACUACACCCUGCGGGCCCUACGGCCCAAUGCCUCCUACCAGCUCUGCCUGGGACCCCUGGGGGACAGAGAGGAGCAGGAGGAGCAGCUCUGUGCCGAGGCCCGGACCCUGCCCCUUGCAAGGAAGCAGCAGCAGCAACAACAAGGGGGGCCCUCUGAUGGAGAGCCUCCCCUUGACCUGGCCAUAGCUGUGGUCCCGGCCGCGGCUGCAGUCCUGCUCUUGGUGUCCGGGGCAGCAGCCAUCUCCUUCUGUGUCCGGAGGAGGAGGAAGCAGCAGCGGAGCAAGCCCUCGGGCAAAGAAGGAGGCCAGGCCCCUCUCGGGCCCUUGGAGAUGGAGGGGGUUCAGGCCGGGCCCCUGAAAGCACUCUCCACAAAUGGCCUAGACCACCAGGCACCCCUUAUGCCAGGAAGCGGGGUCACCCCAACAUCCCAGAGGCCCCAGAGGCCUUCCUACUUUUAGGGGGGCCUUCCCAUUGAGGCUUAACUUUGGAUUCAGGCCAAACCCUGCCCCAGAGAGGCCCCUCUGCAAAGGCAACAAGGCAAGAGGGGCCCCUUCCUGCCCUGGCCACAAGAAGGUCCCCAUCUGCUGUGGCCUCUUAAAGGGAAGAUGAAGGAACAGGGGUCUCUUUUAUUGGGAGGGGUGGAGGAGGAGGAAGAAGAGGGUGAUGAUGAAGAAACCCAGCCCAGUGGCUGCCCUCAAAGGGAAGGAAAGCUUUACAGACUUUGAGAGCAUAUUUAUAAAACACAGGAUUAUUUCCCAUUUCUUCUGGGAAAGCUUUUUGUUGUUGUUGUUCUAAUACAGAGGUACUUUGUUUUGUAAAACCAGGCUAUAAAUGCCCCCCUUUUUGUACAAAAAUAAAAUGUUUGUACUGUG